UCCUACUCUGCCACCACAGGCCCCCGCGGAUUCGCCCGAUCGCACCAGAGAGCUCCAAGUGCUCAUCGCAUCGGUUUUCAUAGCUGCUUGCACCGGCUACGCAGGCACAAGCACUCCUCUAAUUUACCUUUCCGAUCAUUAUGUCUGCCGAAGGUACCGAGCUCAAGGAUGAGCAGCUCCCUCCCCAGGAGGAGGGCGGCGAAGACGAUGAAGAAAUUGCCGCCAUGAAGCGUCGAGUUGCGGAGAUGGAGUCUGAAGCCGCAAAAUUGCGCGAGAUGCAGUCCACCCUCGAUCAGCAGUCCGAGAGCCUCCAGGAGAACAAAGAAGACAUCGAUGCACGGAGUAUAUUUGUUGGCAAUGUGGACUACGGUGCCUCACCUGAGGAGAUCCAGGCACACUUCCAGAGCUGCGGUUCUAUCAAUCGGGUCACUAUCCUGUUGGACAAAUUUUCCGGCCAGCCAAAGGGUUAUGCCUACGUCGAAUUCGCCGAGCCUAGUCUCGUGGCCCAGGCCUUGGUUCUGAAUGAGAGUGUCUUCCGCGGUCGCAACCUGAAGGUCACUCCUAAGCGUACCAAUCUGCCCGGCAUGAACCGGGGUCGUGGACGGGGCCGUGGUGGUCGUGGCGGCGGCCGUGGCUUCCGGGGCAGCUAUCGCGGUGGUGGCUAUCGCGGCCGGGGUCGUGGCUAUGCACCUUACUAGACGU